AUAGUUCAGAGCGCUUGUUUCCGUUCGCAAGGAAAACACGGAAACGUUCAACACGCGCGGAACGCCGCUUUGAAAACAGAGGGAAUAUACAUCAGAGACGGAACGCGUCUUCAGAACGCAGCGCAGCGCAGCGUCUCCUCCUUAACCCGGACCGAAGCGAAUGAACUGAACAGAACAGAACCUGCUCCGGGACAAUAUUAUCUGACUGGGUCUUUGGCCCUCUGUGGUACCUCUCGUCUCCUGCCCAGAUCCAUCUCUCUCUCUGUCUGGACAACCGUGGCAUCCAUUACUCCCUUAUAAUUCCAUUUUCCCCCAAGAAGUGCUCUGGGAGCAUGAUACCGUUGGUCUUCACACUUCUCUAUUUUUGCAUUUUAUGGAUGGGCGGCUUUUCAGCAUCUGUAACUCAGGCCACCCUCCAAUCAGAUGUGCAGUGUUAUGACUGGGGCGUGUGGAGUAAAGAAUCGGUGUAUGUGUAUGAUGGAGAGGUGGCGUGGCUGUACUGUCCUCUCUUCUCAUAUCCGACGCUCUACAGUUACAGUCAGACUCAGAACAGCAGUCUGUCACUGUUGUGGUACAGACACACACACACACAUGAGCUGGAGCAACCCAUCAACUUCAAACUGAACACACUGUACAAGGACAGAGAAUAUCUGAGGAUCCAACCGGCCACAGAGCAGGACGCUGGACUGUACACCUGUAUGCUCCGCAACUUUUCAUCGUGUGUGAAGAUCGGUCUGGUGCUGGAGGUCAUUCAUCGGGAUGGAGAGUGUGACAUCAAAGCUCGAUUGCACCUGAACAUAUCUAUACCGUUCCAGAGUGAACGCACCCUCACCUGUCCUGACCUGCACAGAAUCAGACUGCCCAACAGCACACACUCCGUCACCUGGUACCAUUUGUGCAAUACCAAUUUGUUUACAAUGGACAGAGAGCUGAAAGGUGAUGAUGUCGUGAUCUACAGAAUGUUGAGUCCUUACGCUGGUGUCUACACAUGUGUGGUUUCAUAUCAGAUGAAUGGACACACGUUCAAUUUCACACGCACACUAAACAUCACAGCUGUUGCUCCUGAUGUUGGCAAUAAAGAGCCCCUUAUUUUGAAUCCUGCUAAAGAUCAGAUCUACUCCGUCACUCUAGGUAGAAGGGCAGAACUGUCUUGUCGAGUGCAUCUGCCUCAUCUGUACGAGGAAAACGAGGAGAUAUGGUGGACUAUUGAUAACAAAACGGUCGAACAACUCGCCAACCCACGAUUCACCUCACCGGAGGCCACGCUUGUGUCUGAAUAUUAUGGCGAUCAGAAGAAAGAGAGAUUCCUGUACGUGACGGAUUUCUCAGCUGAUGACCUGCAGAGAGAGUUCAACUGCUCAGCCAGAAACAGUCUUGGCUUCAACACCAGUAGAGCUGUACUCAAGCAAGAACCGUAUGUCCCUACUCUAGAGUUGGGUUGUGGGUUAGGUGUGACUCUCGCCCUCAUGUUGAUGAUGUUUGCCGUCUAUCACGUGUUCUGGCUUGAACUUCUGCUGCUGUACCGCUCCUGGUUCGGCUCAGAUGAGAGAUACACAGAUGAUAAGAAGUAUGACGUGUACAUCUCAUACGCCCGGAACAGCGAAGAGGAAGAGUUUGUGCUGUCCACGUUGCGUCGAGUUCUGGAGACAGAGUUCGGUUACUCUGUCUGUAUAUUCGACCGGGACAGUCUCCCAGGAGGGACUAUAACAGACGAUACACUGAGGUUUGUGGGUCAGAGUCGCAGGCUGGUGGUUGUUGUCAGUCCGUGUAGUGCCGUCCGCGGGACACAGGCCCUGCUUGAGCUGCAGGCCGGCUUAACCAGCAUGCUGCACGGCGGCAGCCUCAGGGUGGUUCUGAUCCAGUUUAAACCGGUACGGAGGCAGAACUGGGUCAAAGAGCUGCGGCGUGCCCGCCUGGCACUGAAGCUCGUACGCUGGCAGGGAGAGAAAUCGGCUCCGCUAUCCUCACGAUUCUGGAAACAACUACAACUGGAGCUGCCCAUGAGAAGAAACACACACCACACAGACACACACACACCACUGACAGAGAAUACACACAACACUAACACACAUCUCACAGAGGACACGCACCACACUGACAUGAACUCAUAUACACACAAUAACACACACACACAAAAUGCACUUAGUGGAAAAGAGAAACUAGAAGACCCUUAUUCUACAAGUGCGUUAUAGUUCAGACAUACUGUAUAUUCAAGCAGUAUUGGUGUUGUAAUUUACAAUGUUACCAAUUACUUUUUUAUUCACAGUAAUGCAAUGAUGCAGUUUAUGUACGUACAUCAGUUAGCUGACUCAGAAGCGCAGCACUGUAAAAAGUUUUUGUAAAAUCGUUUUUGUUACGUACUGGAUACAAAUAGCAGUAUUUUUUUUAUCACAGUAAAAUUACUGUAAAAUUAAUUAUGGUAGGAUGUUUGUAUGCUGUAUAUUAAAUACAGUGUUAUUACAGUGCUGUAGCACAAAACCACAGUAAGUAUAGGUACAGAAUAGCUAACUGCAGUUUGUUACACGAUAAAAAAGAAUUAAAUAUUGUGGCCUUUUUGCAAAAGAUAAUAAUAAAAUAGUAUUUAAUGUACCACUUACUGUGGUUUAUAACGAUUGCAAAAUAGGGAUAUCUAGUAAAAGUACAGAAGGACCUCAAAUAUCGUACUCUCAUAAAUGGUGAAGGAAUAGUUCACCCAAAUAGGAAAAGUCUGUCAUUAUUUUCUCACCCUCAUGCCAUUCCAAACCCAUAUGCUGAAAUGUUUUCCUGUCAAACACAAAGAAUCA